AUGCUUCGAGUCGGCUACGUCCCCGAGCACUUUGCCGCGCCCCUUCUCCACCUCGGCGCCACACCAUGGGGCAAGGAAAACAUCGAGCUCGUGCUGCAGCCCAGCGGCACGGGCCAGAUGCUCACCAGCCUCGACGCCGCGCAGCAGGGCGGCCAGAAGAUUGACGUCGCCGUCGCCCUCACAGAGGCCCUCAUCGCCGGCAUCGCAAAGGGCAGGCAAGACUACCGCCUCGUCGGCAGCUAUGUCCGGACCAGCCUCAACUGGGCCGUCAUCACCGGCACAGAUCCGGCAGCCUCGGCGUACCAGUCCAUCUCGGAUCUGGCCGGCCAAAAGAUCGGCAUCAGCCGCAUCGGCAGCGGCUCCCAGAUCAUGGCGUCCGUCAUGGCGCUCCAGCACAACUGGACCGACGACGAGGGCCAGGUGCGCGACAUCGAGUUUCUCGUAAACGACACCUUUGCCAACCUCCGCGCCGGCGUCAACCAGAAACCGCCCUACACCUCUGCCGCCUUUAUGUGGGAGUGGUACACGACCAAGCCCUACGUCGACUCGGGCGAGGUCCGCUUCAUUGGCAACGUACCCACGCCCUGGCCCUCGUGGACCAUUGCCGCCUCGCUCAACACGGCCCUCGACCCGUCGCACCCCUCGUCCAAGCUCCUCGACGAGUUCCAGCGGCGUCUCACCGACGAGAUCCGCAAGUUUGCCAACCCGCACACGCGCCAGAGCGGUCAGGCAAAGGACUGGAUCGUACAGCACCACGACUACAAGCCCGGCGACGUCGCCACCUGGCUCGACGGCGUGCGCUGGGCCGGCGAAGAGACGCCCAACCCGCCCUCGUCGUCCAUCACAGAGGGCCAGAACACGACGCCCCAGACCGUCAGCCAGCAGGUCGUCAGCAGCACCCUCGACGUCCUCGAAAAGGCCGGCGUCGUAAAGCGGCCCCACGACGGUUGGCAGAUGCAGUCCUUCAUCCAGGGCGGCAGCGCCGUCGAGUGA